AUGGGCACUAAGUUAAAUUUCAGCAUUGCUUUCCACCCGCAGACAGAUGGUCAGUCGGAAAGGACCAUACAAAUUUUGGAAGACAAGUUGAGAGCAUGUAUGCUGGAUUUCAAGGGAACCUGGAUACGACAUUUACCAGAAAUCAUACAGAAGACAACAGAGAAGAUUGAGACCAUUCGAUCUAGAUUGAGAGCAGCUCAGAGUCGACAGAAAAGCUAUGCAGAUAAUCGUCGUCGCCAAUUAGAGUUUGAGGUCGGGAAUAAGGUGUUCUUGAGGAUUGCACCCAUGAGAGGGGUUAUGAGGUUUGGAAAGAAGGGCAAGUUGAGCCCUAGAUAUGUCAGGCCUUUUGAGAUUCUUGAUCGGAUUGGACCAGUGGCUUACAGAGUAACCCCACCACCAGCACUAUCAGGGGUACACGACGUAUUUCAUGUAUCUAUGCUAAGGAAGUAUAUACCUGACCCCACCCACAUUAUCGACUACGAGCCUCUUCAACUUCAGGAAAAUCUGACUUAUACAGAAGAGUCGAUGCAGAUUAUAGAGAGAAAAGAACAAGUGUUACGGAAGCGGACUAUUCCAUUGGUUAAAGUGGUAUGGAAUAAUCAUGCUAUCAGUGAAGCCUCUUGGGAAUGA